GCUCGCAGGUAAUUUUGUACCCGGCAAUUAUGUUGGAAGCGUUCCAUCUUUCGAUAAGUGGCAAGGAUAAAUUGCGAAAUCGACGCGUAAAAUUCAUUUCGUCGUUUUGAAUAAAGCUGAAACCGCUACGGAUGAACUUCGCCCGAUGAUGGACGAAUUUCUUUUCUCUGCGAUUUCCCUUCUACUUCUCGGACUGAAGACGAAUGGACUGGCACUACCACGUGUAGAUCGAAUCGUUGAUGGUGAAUAUAUCAGUAUCACGAAGGUCUCGUACAUGUUAUCGUUAAGUGUAAAUAGUGAAUAUACCUGUGGUGCUGCUAUUAUCAAUGAGGAUUGGGCAGUAACUGCUGCUCAUUGUAUUAUUCUGUUUGUCAAUGAUUCCGUUUCGAUAAACAUCCGCAGUGGAUCUAACAAAUACGAUACUGGCGGAGUUGUUCAUAAUGUAACAACGCUUCUUUAUCACGAAAAAUACAACGAGCUUAAUAACGAUUACGAUAUUGGAUUAUUGAAGGUAUCUCCACCGUUCAAAUUUAACAAUGCUACACAGCCUGUCAAGUUACCUGGAAAUGAAUCUAUUUACACAAGUUGGGCUUCAAUUGCAGGGUGGGGCUAUUUUAUCGAUAUCAAGCCGAUAUUGUCAAAAGAUCUGAAAUACGUUACUGUGCCGAAAGUGACUAAAAAACAAUGCAGGAAUGACUACGAAGGCAGAUAUGAAGUAACAGAGCAUCAAGUUUGUUAUGGAUUUUCGCAAGGGGGAAAAGAUGCGUGCAAGGGUGAUUCUGGUAGUCCAUUGGUUAACAGGGACAAUAUCAUAAUCGGUAUAACUUCGUGGGGCGACGAUUGCGGUCAACCAUACUCACCUGGUGUCUAUACCGACGUUAUCGAUCUAGUAGAUUGGAUUAAAAGUAAAACUAUGUCAACUUUAUAAAUUGCUCAAUAAUUUUAAUUAAUCUGGUCCGUGCUAUCGAAAGCCACAACGAAAUCAGAAGUUCUGAAGCGGUCCAGCGAAUUAAUCAUUUGUUAUUGACUUUGUACAAAAUCAAUAUCGUUAUUAAAUACAAUACUAC